AUUGGCAUUGAAGAAAAAUGAAACAAGUAUCUGCAUGCAAAUUCUGACUUGGGAUAUGCACAAGUUGUUAUUCUUCAAUAUGUUAUAUUUUGGAUUCUUUCUCUUGUGUGAUAACAAUAACAUGGAAUAUGGUAGUUACUCACUCUAUCUUUUACUGUCUCUCAAUGUUACCUUGCACUUACAAACUGACAGAGUACGAGUUUAAACUUGGAGCUGGAUUCUUUCUAUAUCUUUUUCUCCUUUUUCUCUUUUAUUUUUCAAUGCUAAAGGACUGACUGAGGUACAAUCCAUGAUGGUGAUUUGGUUGUUGGAAAUCUAUAGUUAGAAAAUUGGACGCAAUUCUCAGAUAGUAGAAAUCAAAUACUAUCUGGAUCAUGCUGAUUGUAGUCCGAUCUUUUUUUUAGACUAAGACCCAAAAUUGAAAACCUUUUUCAUUUUUUUAAUCAUUGAUUACAUUGAUAAAAAUUAAGAAGUCAGAUUUAAGUGAAAUUAGUCACUUUGACUUACCCUUUUUACUUAAAUUAUAAAUAAAAAAGCAGUAGGAAACAGAAUAAACAGUAGCAAUAAAUGUCAGAAUAUUUACUUCUGUAAUCUUUAUUAUGUUUUAUUUCUCUUAAAUUUCCAAUUACAAAUUCGGGAUAGAUCAUAAAUGAGUAGGUUGUUACUAAUUGAAGUGGUAGGAAUUUGAUUUCACGGAUUCACCAAAGUACUCGGACCAAGAUGAAUGUAAAUUCACUAUUUAUUGGUCAACUUAUAGUUCAUGGCAUGUAUCCUAGCUACCUUAUUCCAGAUUUUCACAUACUUACAUAUGAGUGGGCUAGAUAACAAACAUUAGGAACAGUUCCUUGCAUGAAGAGUUCAGUGGGAUUUUCCAAUCUGAAUUGGCAAUUGGUAUCUAGUUCAACAUUAAAUUUCAAUCAUGCACUUAGGAUUCUUGUUUUAUUGAUUUUUUUUCUUCAGCCUAAAAUUGCAGAAUAGGCUAGAGAUAGUGGUAUCUCAGCAACAUAAGAUAAGAUCUAGAAACCUUACUUAGGGAAGAGUGUAAUUAAUUAUUAUUUCACUAGCCAAUAUUUGGUCUCUGGGUCAUAGACUAAGAAAGAUGGAUUUUGUUUUAAAAAAUAAUUAAGGAAAAUAUCUGACCAUUGAAUUUGAUUUCAGGUAGCAUAGGUAAAAUUCAAUAACAUUACAAAAAGAAAAAACCAAACUGGUUUUGUAGAUGUUUAUCAUUAUGGGGUUGUAAUGGUAUCAUUGAUAUGCGUCCCAUUUGUUUGUAAUAAGAUAAGGUACCAAUGGCUUUUAUUGUACAUUCUGCUUUCAACCAAUGCACAAUUUUUUUUGAAUCAUGUACUAAGGUUAGAUUUUAGUGCCUGCUUCUUUUACCAUUUAGGUAGGCCAACAUGUUGCAAAACAAGCAAAGGAAGUGCCUAGUACAAAUGCUUUUUAUAGCAAAAAGUCCAAGGCACUUGAAUCACAGCACAUGCCAUCAUUUCCAUCUCAAUGGAAAUGUGUCUCUCUGCCAGGCUGCCAGCACUAGUCGACCAAACAGUUCAACUUCAAGCUCUGAAAUGGAUUUUUUUAUGAUGGUGGAUUGCUGCACUUAUUUGGGCUAUUUAGCUUGAAAACUUAGCACGGCUAAAUCAUGAAACAACACUUUGAUCUUGAAGUGGUGGCCUCAGAAGAAUAUGAAUCUGAAGUUAGCAGCCUGGUUACUUCCAAUAUAUCAAUUCAAGAAACCUAUGCAGGUCCUUGCAGUGACAACCUCACCAAAUUUUUCAAUGUCACAAAUCCAAUAGAACUUCAUCUCCAUUCAGAUUCUAUCUCCCUUGACUUAACUCUAAAGUUCAACAACAAUGACUUGGUGGUUAGAAAUUCAGCAGGACUCUCCUUCUCAAGCACUAGUGAGAGCAGCAUUAAUGAUCCUCCCUCUCAAACUAAUCCAGCGAACAAUCCGCGAGUCUUCUCUUGCAAUUACUGCAAGCGAAAGUUUUUCAGCUCGCAGGCUCUUGGAGGACACCAAAAUGCGCACAAGAGAGAAAGAACAAUUGCAAAGAGAGCAAUGCGAAUGGGGAUCUUCUCUGAGAGAUAUGAAAGUCUAGCAUCUCUCCCCUUUAAUGGUUCUUUCAGGUCCUUAGGGAUAAAGGCACACUCUUCUCUGCACCAUGGUUUUGUGCCAACAACGAAAAGCAGUGCAAGAUUUGAGCAAGGAUAUGUUGGUCUUCCAAUAUUCUUGGAGGAGGAUGAGGAAGAACUCUUGUGGCAAGGUAGUUACCAUCAGGUUCCCUCUGAGGGAGGCCAUACUCAUCAGAAUUUCUCACUGAGUGGAAGUUCAAUUUUGAGUUUCGUUGGGGAGAACGCGAAUCAUCCACCUGAGUUGACAUUGAAACUUUGAAGGGGUUAUUUGUACAGUAGGACAUGCAUGCAAGGCAAUGGUGCCAGAUUGAUCAAUAUUAUUGUCAUUAAACUUGCUGGAUCUUAUGUAGUUUUCACUUACAAAUCAUUGUUUUGGUGUUUUUUGCUCUGUAUGUGCUGUUAUUGUAUAAUUACUCUGGGAGGACAAGUUUGGAGGUUCUGUGUUUGUCAUAUAAGUCAAGUUUUUUUCUACUUUAAAUUACUGA